GAACAACUGAUCUUUCCCGACACAUUUGCAUCCACUUAAGAUGGCUUCCAUGCAACUGAAGAGGAGUUCAAUGGUUACUACUACCGCUUCCCAGGCGGGCUUUCAUAAACAUAGUCCGAGGGAGAUUCUUCGUCGUAGAACGGAAGCUUACGUGAGAGAUUAUUACAAUACAUAUUUUAAUUCACCUGAUGAUCUUAUUUAUUCCUACAAAGAUGAUGCAAGCAUCACUACAAAUUGCCAAGAUGUCGAUAAAUCAAAACUCGGGUCCCGAUUGACAACUGCUAAAGUCAAUCCAACCAAGUUUGAAAUCAAAGCUCUGAAUGCUGUGCCAGUCGAUCGUGACGAUUACGUAGGAGAUGCUAUCGUCACGGUCGUCGGUAACGUAGCUGGUGGUGGCAGCUCAUAUCUCUGCAAUCAAGUCCUCCACUUAACGCCUGAUAGAGCGUCAGGAGAUUACAAGAUAGUGGAUGACAUGUUACUACAAUUUGCAUAAGUAAUCAUCAUCAUCUCGAGUGUACUAUUUAACUGAUAAAUAAAAUGCUUUCAACUCUGGAUUGGAAGAGUGUCGUGUUUUGUUGGGUCGUGUGUUUCUAAGGUUCCAUCCAAGUUCACAGAUGCAGAACCUCUUUACGUGUCUUAAUAAAAUAAAUAUUGUGAAUUUCUUCCUCUCCAAAAGAAAAUGGAGGAAGAAAGUCACUUCUAUUAA